CGGAUGAGGUCACUCUUUGUGGCGGCUGCCGUUGGCAAGAUGGCGCCGGUGUUGGCCGAGAAGAAGCUGCUGGAGCCGGACGGGCCUUUGGCUGCAGACCUCCCCAGCGAGGAGGAGGAAGGCCAGAGCCUCUGGUUAUCAAUAUUGAGUGAAGUCUCCACCCGCUCCAGGUCUAAAUUACCAUCAGGCAAAAAUAUUCUUGUCUUUGGUGAUGAUGGCUCUGGUAAAACAACCCUGCUGACUAAAAUCCAAGGAAUAGAGCAUGGCAAGAAAGGAAGAGGGCUGGAAUACUUAUAUCUAAAUGUCCAUGAUGAAGAUAGAGAUGAUCAGACCCGCUGUAAUGUUUGGAUUCUCGAUGGCGAUUUGUAUCACAAAGGUCUCUUGAAGUUUGCCGUGACAGCAGAAUCGUUGCAGGAGACUCUCGUAAUCUUUGUGGCAGAUAUGUCUAGGCCAUGGACUAUUCUGGAAUCUUUACAAAAAUGGGCAAGUGUCUUGCGGGAACAUAUUGAUAAACUGAAAAUCCCCCCGGAAGAAAUGAGAAACAUGGAGCAACAAUUUGUGAAGAUUUUUCAAGAAUAUGUAGAACCGGAAGGAGGUUAUCAGGGAUCCCCACAAAGAAGAGGUCCAUCAGGCCAAGAUGAAGAGAAUAUUGCUCUACCUCUCGGAGAGAAUGUGCUGACUCACAAUCUUGGGAUCCCUGUGGUGGUAGUUUGCACAAAGUGUGACGCAAUGAGUGUGUUAGAAAAAGAGCACGACUACAGGGAAGAACACUUUGAUUUCAUUCAGUCGCACAUUCGUAGGUUCUGCUUGCAGUAUGGAGCGGCCUUGAUCUAUACAUCCGUUAAGGAGGAGAAGAACCUUGAAUUGUUAUAUAAGUACAUUGUACAUAAAAAAUACGGCUUUCACUUUGCAAACCCUGCCUUAGUGGUAGAAAAGGACGCAGUUUUUAUACCGGCUGGCUGGGACAAUGAAAAGAAAAUUGCAAUCCUGCAUGAGAAUUUCACAACAGUGAAACCAGAAGAUGCAUACGAAGACUUCAUCGUAAAGCCACCCGUAAGAAAGUUAGUUCACGAUAAAGAGUUUGCGGCAGAAGAUGAGCAGGUCUUUCUGAUGAAGCAGCAGUCAUACCUUGCCAAGCAGCCGGCAACCCCUACCAGAGCUUCUGAAUCUCCUGCUCGUGGUCCUUCCGGCUCACCCCGACCGCAAGGCAGGACAGGCCCUGCCACCGUUCCCAGCGCCUCCCCAAUAGCGUCCGUCAAGAAGCCAGAUCCGGCUAUUAAAAACAAUGCCGCAAGCGAAGGAGUCCUAGCCAGUUUCUUCAACAGCCUCUUGAGUAAAAAGACAGGUUCUCCCGGGAGUCCCGGUGCAGGAGGAGGAGGAGGAGGAGGAGGAGUGCAAAGCACCGGUAAAAAAUCAGGGCAAAAACCCGUUUUGACGAACGUCCAAGAAGAGCUGGAUAGAAUGACUCGCAAGCCAGACUCAGUCGUAACAACCAACUCCUCUCUGACGGAGAACGAAGCUUGAGAAUCUUUGAACCUCCAUAUGUAAAUGACCAAAUAGUGAUGUACAUUGACCUGAUAACACCAGGAGCUUCCUGCUGUGGCAGAUGCUUUCAGUUUUUUCUUGGGGAAAUGAAAUUUAACCUUCAUUGGCUUGUCCCAGUGUCAAGUGCACAUUCAGGAAGUUUUGCGUCUAAAUUUCCUCUGUUUUAUGAUAACCAUUUUAGAGUUUAAAUAGGGCAUUUCUCUUAAUUUGGUUUCAAGCAAUAGGAAGAAGCGCACAGAAGCAAGAGGUGGAGUUCCUGCUGAAAAGCCACGAGCUGCUGCUGGCACGGAGGAAGCGCAAAGUCCUCUUCUUCUCUCUUUUUUUCCAAGUUAAUUGGAGUUGGCCAUGGAAAUGCGUACUUGUGUUUGUAGAGGGUGCAAUGUAGCAGAAUGUGGGUUGGAUGAUGAGUGUGUACAAAAUGGCGGUGUUUUGAAAGGAUAAAAGGCAAGACCUGAUCAAUAGAAGCGAAAAGCACGUUGGAUGUAAAUCAGAUAAUCAUGUUGGUAAAAAUAAAAAUAAAUGCCUUUACAAUUGGGAAACAGAAAAUACAAGCAUCAUGGAAACUAUUCCAAUGGCAUUUUUUUUCCAGUUCUAAUAAGAAGAUACAUAAAGUAUGGUGGGUACUCUUUUUGUCGUAACUGACACGGGGAGAAAUUUGUUCAGACCAAGUGCCUGGCACAGUGUGAGAUGUUUCUUCUCGAAGGUGCUUGAACCUCUUGUGCACUAUUGUACAAACAGUGUCUCUUUAAUUAUUAUUUUUUUUAAUUUUAACCCGGUAACUUUGGUAGCUGGGUUGAAUUUUGCAUCCUUUUUUUCCUCCCCCUGAUAGUUUUUUUUUCUUUUCGUUUUUCUUUUUAAUACCAACCAUCUGGCCUGUGAAGAGGAAUGAGGGACAUGUCAUUUCUCUGCAGUGAAAUGGAAACGCAAAUCUUUCUUUUGUAUCCAAGAGUUAAUUGCAAAGGUCAACACUGAUUUUCUGCCUUAAGGCUUUAAAACCCCUAUGGUGAGUUUGGGGUAGCCUCCAAAAUUCUGGUUCCAGAUUGGAUUAAACAAAGGGUUGUAGGUAUACAGAGAAGAAGAAAAAAGAAUGCAGACUUACGUGACUUCAUUACAUUUGUGCUUUACCCCUUCGGUGUUGCCUUUUCAAUGUGGAAAUAAUUUUGACGGUUGGCCCCUGUUGCUGCUCAGAUGAGUUCCCAUAGCCACUUGGAGUAAGACUCCCACAGUUAACUGAAAUGGCACUUUUGAAUUUCUGUACAAUUUAUUUGACAGACAAACACUAACUUAUUUGUACCAAACUUGUUUGUAAGCAGCACAUUGGAGGGAUAUACCACCAUGGAUUAUGCAGACUUUGUAUUGAUACAAAGGUUUUUUGUGUUACGUUAAAUCUUGUUUCUGAAUAGAACCACCCUAAUAUUUAUAUACCUAUAUCUAUAUAUAUUGUUAAAUAUACAAAAUAAAUUGACCACUAACACAUUACUGGAUGUAAUUGCAACCCACAUGUUGUAGAGAGAGACCAUUUCUCUUCGUUUUUGUAAGUCUGUCUAAUGCUAGCUAGAAAACUAAGAGUAUUUACUUGCAUUAACAUGAAAAUAUGUUUACUUAUGUCAGUUACAUUUUUUUUAAACAAUACAUGGUCAACUACAUUAUAAAACUCAGUUUUGACCAACGUUACCAGGCUCUUAAACUCAGAAGUUGUGAUCAGGGAAUUUGGUUUGUGUUUGGGCUGCCAUUUACAAGCCAGCGUAGGUUUUGCUACAUUGUAAAAUUAGCCUCGUGCCAUCCCAGUAGUAGUAAUUCAAUCUGUCCUCAUGGUAGCGCCUUUAGUAUAUCCUAUUCAGUAAGUAAAGUUUUGGUGCCAUUUAUACAUAAAGAACCAGUGAGUGUAUUGAGAUGAUUGAAUUUAUGCUUGGAUUUAAACAGAUGGGAGUGUGACAGCUAUGGGGUGGUGGGUUUUGUUUUUAAUGGGUUAGCCGUUCCGAAGAUGAUUAUGACAGCCGGAUGAUUUCAUUGAAUUCUGGAGAAUAAAACCUUAAAAUCGAACUGGGCUUGGGGAAAACACAACAAAUUAUUUGCUGCUGUUCUAAGAGCACUAGCUAGGUCUCAAGGCCCAACUGAUCUUAUUAAAAAAUUUGUCAUGCACCAAGUUAAUUUACUUGUUUUUUUGAAAGCUGUAGACAACAGGAUUUUUUAAAAUUUGUAUCAAAUGAGCAUUGGAUUUGCAAAAUAAAAAAGGCCAAUAACAUAUUACUUUCCAGUUCUACAAAGAUCAUUGGGACUCAAACAGAAUUUGGAAUGCCCCUCCCUCUACUCUUCUACUUUGCAAGUGAAUGCUCCUAGUUUUUCAAAAGAAGGAAACUGUAAGUGAUGUGAUGUUUGUCAGUUGCCAAAGUCUAGCAACUUUGGAACCCUGCACCAUUGUCUUUUCUGGUGUUCUCAAGCAUUAGAACCAAAGGCCAACUGCAAAACAGCCUUUAUGUUUAAAACUACCAUUAAGUUUAUUUUCAGGAUUCACUUUUAUGGAAGACUGUUAGAAUUACUACCUGGCUCUAUUUAUACUGCAUAUAAUAAUUGCAUCUGCUGUUCACGUUUAAACUAAAGUAAUAAUAUAUUGGACUUGAAGAUAAGGCAAAUAUAAAUCAGUUAAGGAUUGGCCCGCCAUCCAAAAUUUUGUUUUAUGCUGCUUGAUUUUUAAGUUUGCACUUCUAUUGGCAUUUUAAAACUUGUUUCAACAGAACUUGUAUGUACGUAUUUAAUUUAACAUGUUGAAAGUGACUGAACUUAACCAUACCCAUGCUGUAAAUGAAAGUUCUCUCUCUUGUAUUCAGUUUAUUGAUGUUUUUAACUUUUCAGUGGAGACUGCAGAUGUAUCCAGCACAACCCUUAGUCCAGUUGUAUGGCUUUAAACAGGUGCAGUCCUGUGGAACCUUGCUUUCUAGUGCUGGCGAAAAAUGAGGACAUGUCUUUAACGGCUUCAAAUAAACAACCAACCAAGACGA